ACCAUCGUGCACACACACACAUUUUCCAUUUUGCUCGCUGCAAUUUGUAUUGUAUUGUUUCCCCCGUAUAGAGAGGUAGAAAAAAAUACAAGAGAGUUGGUAAAAGAAAAUGUGUUUUCCUAGUGAAAUUAGUGAAAAAUCCCGGCAAAUUCGUGUUUUACAAACCUUGUGAUUGAGCAAUCAGUUAUUGUAACGCUAGCAAUAAUUGUUUUUGGCACAAAUUCACAGCCAGUUAUCAAUUUUACUGAAAAUACAAAAAAAAAUCCAAGUGUCUACACACCGUACGACACAUACGAGAAUCUAUACGAGUAAAGUGAAAAAACUCACACAAAAAUGGCGAACUCAGUCAAUUGUUCGCUAGAUGAUAUCGAUUUGAAUGCGCUAAAGGAUCCCGCUGGAAUAUUUGAAUUAAUUGAAGUCGUUGGAAAUGGAACUUAUGGUCAAGUGUACAAGGGUCGACACACAAAAACGGGCCAACUCGCUGCCAUAAAAGUCAUGGACGUGACCGAAGACGAGGAAGAAGAGAUCAAACUGGAAAUUAACGUGCUAAAAAAGUACUCGAAUCAUCGGAACAUUGCCACAUACUACGGUGCAUUUAUCAAAAAGUCGCCUGCGGGCAAAGAUGACCAGCUGUGGCUCGUGAUGGAAUAUUGCGGUGCCGGCAGCGUCACCGACUUAGUCAAAUCCACCAAGGGUCAGAGCUUGAAGGAGGAAUGGAUUGCCUACAUCUGUCGCGAAAUUUUGCGCGGAUUGAGUUACUUGCACUCGAACAAAGUCAUUCAUCGGGACAUCAAGGGACAAAAUGUCUUGCUCACAGACAAUGCCGAGGUGAAACUCGUCGAUUUUGGCGUGUCGGCGCAACUUGAUCGAACCAUUGGACGACGAAAUACAUUCAUUGGUACGCCAUACUGGAUGGCCCCAGAAGUGAUAGCAUGUGAUGAGAAUCCAGACGCCACGUAUGACAAUCGCUCGGAUUUGUGGUCGUUGGGUAUAACAGCGUUAGAAAUGGCUGAGUCGCAGCCCCCAUUAUGUGAUUUGCAUCCGAUGCGAGCGCUCUUCCUGAUUCCGCGUAAUCCGCCGCCGCGACUAAAAUCGAAAAAGUGGAGCAAAAAGUUCCAUGGGUUCAUUGACACUGUUCUUGUGAAAGACUAUCAUCAGCGGCCUUACACAGAGCAAUUACUAAAAGCGCCAUUCAUCAAGGAACAACCGACGGAACGUCAAGUCCGCAUCCAGCUAAAAGACCACAUCGAUCGCUGCAAGAAACGCAAGCAGGAGAAGGAACGCGAAGAUUAUCGCUACUCCGGCUCCGAAAACGAAGAAGAAGAGCAACCGACUGCCGGCGAGCCAUCAUCCAUCAUUCAGGCAACUAACGGCGACACGUUACGUCGCAACUUCCAACAAAUCCAGGAGGGCAGAGCCAUUUCGCAAGCGCAACAAGCGCAAUUGGCCCAGGAGCAACAAAUGAAGCAACAGCAGCAAGAACAAUUGCCACAACCGAAUCGCAAUCAAAAACCAAAUCAGCGUGAAAUCAUUCCGAAUAACCAAUAUUGGGAUAAACCGACGCAAGCGACGCCGCCGCCUUUCCAUCAGCUAACAACGUGUGAAGAGCCAGAGCGACCGCCCCAAUUGCCACAACGUCAACUAAUGGCACCCGAUCCUUACAUUACAAAUUCACAGCACGCCAACAGGCCAUUACCGCCGACACCGCGGAGCUCAUCGACGCCGCAAUCGUCGCAACCGCCAGCGGCGCAACAGUCACAAGCAGCUCCCCAGCAACCGCAACGGAAUUCGCAGGGCAAUUUCAAGCCAGUGCUGCCACCUAGGAGGCCAGAGGAUUUGGAUAUCUUAGCUGCCCAACUUAAUGAAUUGGCCUCAUGCUCUUCUACUCGACAGUCUCAAGCACAGCCGGAAGCGCCGCCACGCAACAAUCGUCAAAUGCCGAAUGCCACGGGCAAGCCAGCCGCUCCCGAUCCAUCGAGCAAGUCGUCGUCGAACAAUCAUCAGCCCAUCAAUCCGCUGGAUCCGAUCGAUGACAGCGACAGCGAUAGCGAACCGGAGGAAAUUGGCAAUGAACGAACACGCAACGACGGCACUUUGUUAGCGAGUGAUCCACCAAAGCCACUUCCUGAAUUUUCAUAUAGGCCCGGAUUGAGUUCUUUGUCGGAAGAUUCGGGAGCAACUCCAGCUCACGGCUCUUCUGGCGGUCCUCCAAAUCGCCCAUUGCCACCGACGCCAGAUGAUGACGAUGCCGGCGAACGAACUCUCAUCAUGAAACGGAAUGGUCUUGCCAAUCAGUCCAACUCGAGUCUUGUUGGAACAACUUCAUCUACCACCACGUCAUCGACUGAGGGCGAAGAAGCAGUAUUACUUCGCGACUGGAAUUUCGAGCAAUUUUUCCCGAACGGCUCCGCUCGAAAUUCCGUAGCUGAAGCUCCGGUACGUGCAGCGCCAUCUAUACCCCCUCGCAGCACUCCACCGUCGCAACUGAAUGGCAUCCAAAAAAGUCGUUCCAGCAUCUUCGGCUUUGGCAGGAAAAAUGUCGAAGAGAAACCCAACCUCGAAGAUCGCGUUAAAAGCGAGAUUUUCUCGAAUAACGUGCGAAAUCGCGAAUUUGUGAAUAACCUCCAAGCGGCGAAUGGCAGCAGUCCGGGACACAAACGCCAAGAUAGCGAUUCGCGAAUCUCGUUGAACUUCGUAAGAGGCUUCCGGCGUGAAAAUACCGACUUUUUCCCGCUUUCCAAGCGACAUUCUGCCGUUUUGGGGGAAAAUCAUGCGCAAAAACCAGCGCCACAAGUCCCACUUCGCUCCAGCGCCAUCUUUCGGCGAAAUAAUGACAACAACAAAGGCGAGCCGGUACUAAAGGACUACAUUAAUCGCGCCGAUACCGACAUCCUGCGUCAACGAACGCCGCCACAAACGCAAUCGCAACAGCCGCAACCGCAGCAGAAGCCAAGCAGCAACAAGGGAAGCACUUUUGCCUUUUUGAGACCUCGCAGGGAAAAGACUGAAUCGGUAAUUCUCGUUAAAAAUACGGCAGCGCGCCAAUUGUAUGCCCAACAAGUGCAGGGAUCGCAGCAUCAGCGUCAAGGCGAAAGCAGUAAUUUGGGCACACCAGGCACCCGCACGAGCAGCGUAUUACCGGAUUUAUUGAGUCAAGCAUCGCCAGCGACACCGCCACGUCAUGACAAGUCAUCAAGCGAAGAGUAUCGAGCGGCGGUCAGCGGCAACAAUUCCGUACAUUCCACUCCCUCGAAGUCAUUUAUCGGGCAAAAUAACAAUUCCUCGCCGCAUUCGACGGUGUCGUCGAGUCAUUCGGGCUCGCCGCGUUUCAACAACAGCCCGAAUCACUCGAUCAACUCGCGAAAUAAUAACAAUUCCUCGAUUAAUUUGCAUCCGCAUUCGUUUGCUUUGCAACAGAAACAACGGAGUUUCCUCACGUUUGGCUUUGGAGCGGGCGGCUCGGGUCCGUCGCGUCGCGAAAGUCACGUAAAUGUCAAUGUGACGCCAACCAGUCACGAUGCCACGAGUGACACGCCCGAAAUUCGGAAGUACAAGAAGCGAUUCAACUCGGAGAUUUUGUGUGCAGCGUUGUGGGGCGUCAAUUUACUGAUCGGCACGGAAAAUGGCUUGAUGUUGCUCGAUCGAUCGGGACAAGGAAAGGUCUAUCAAUUAAUUUCACGUCGUCGUUUCCAACAAAUGGAGGUGCUCGAAGGACAAAACAUUCUCGUUACGAUUUCCGGAAAGAAAAAUCGCGUUCGUGUCUACUACUUGUCGUGGCUCAAAUCAAAGAUACUCAGAACGGAUGGACUCUCUGACCAAGUUGAACGUCGGAACGGAUGGAUAAAUGUGGGCGACUUACAAGGAGCCGUUCACUUUAAAAUUGUCAAAUAUGAACGUAUUAAGUUUUUGGUGAUAGCUCUCAAAGAGUCUAUUGAAAUUUAUGCAUGGGCUCCCAAGCCAUAUCACAAAUUUAUGGCAUUUAAGAGUUUUGGUGAAUUAGCACAUCGUCCUCUUCUAGUGGAUUUGACUGUGGAAGAGCAGACCAGAUUAAAAGUCAUUUACGGGUCAGCUGACGGUUUUCAUGCGGUUGACCUCGAUUCCGCCACUGUCUAUGAUAUUUAUCUUCCUAAGCAUACUCAGGGUCCAAUCACACCACACUGCAUCGUUACAUUACCAAACUCAAAUGGAAUGCAACUUUUACUUUGCUAUGACAACGAAGGCGUUUAUGUAAAUACAAUGGGACGCGUAUCGAAAAAUAUCGUGUUGCAGUGGGGCGAGAUGCCAACAUCUGUGGCUUACAUUGGCACUGGACAAAUUAUGGGAUGGGGAAAUAAAGCAAUUGAGAUCCGAUCUGUGGAGACUGGUCACCUGGAUGGUGUUUUUAUGCACAAGAAAGCUCAACGCCUUAAAUUUUUGUGUGAACGCAAUGACAAGGUAUUUUUCAGCAGUGCCAAAGGUGGAUCGUCAUGUCAAAUUUACUUCAUGACACUCAACAAGCCCGGCAUGGCAAACUGGUAGUCAAACAUUAUUAACUAAU